CUCUGUAUGCAAAUAGCAUGCCAGUGCCAUUACUGGCUAGUUCUCGAGACAAGAAGUGACUCAAGGCAGCGAGGAAAAAAUUUUCUCCAUUGUUUUUUUCACAAAUUUCCCGUAAAUUUCUGAUUGUGCAAAGCGUGUUAUUAUCCAAGUAUGCCGAAGAAUAAGGGAAAAGGAGGCAAGAAUCGUCGUCGUGGAAAGAAUGAAAAUGAAUCGGAGAAGAGAGAGUUGAUCUUCAAGGAGGACGAGCAGGAAUAUGCUCAAGUGACAAAAAUGCUGGGAAAUGGCAGGCUCGAGGCAAUGUGUUUCGAUGGAGUGAAGCGACUGUGUCACAUUCGUGGAAAACUGCGAAAAAAGGUUUGGAUCAAUCAGGGCGACAUCAUUCUUGUUGGUCUGAGAGAUUACCAGGAUUCCAAGGCAGAUGUGAUUCUCAAGUACACACCCGAUGAAGCCAGGAACCUCAAGACAUAUGGCGAAUUCCCAGAAUCUGUGCGCAUCAAUGAUACAAUCACAUUCGUGGAAGAUGGUUUCGAUGAGGAUAUUGAAUUCGAUGAUUACAUCAGUUCCGACGAGGAAGCAGACUCUGUCGAUGCCAUCUGAUUUCCCGCCAAUUAAUUGCACAGUAAAACAGCCCCUAGGUAACUCAAAGAAUUAAAGAAAGAGAAAAAAAGGAGGGAGUUGAAAAGAAAAAUAAACCAUUUGGAUCCACAUAUUCCUCAAAAUUACUUGUUGUUUGUGCAAAAACACCCACGGAUCUUCUUUAGCUCAAAGUCCUGGAUGAAUUAUAGGCUAAAGAUUUCCAAAAUUAGAUAUAUACAAUUUUCUGUUGAGAUGACAAUGUUUUUUUUCUGGCUAAGUUAAACUAAAAUGUAUAAAAAAAAAUUGCACUAGUAUUGAAAAGUUUUUUUUAUCUAUAAUUUCUUCUGGAUUUUGAAUAAAAAUGCAAAUUACAGCUAAAAACACAUCAAAACUGACUAUUUGAAUAUUUUUUAGGAGAAUUUUGUUAAAUGCUUUUUUAUUUCUAUCUGAUAACGUGUAGAUGUUCAUUUUCGGUGAUUUAUUUUCUCACAGAGGAUCACCAGUGGAAUCCUACUUUACUACAUAUUUAUCAAAUUAUUCAUAGCGAUAUUCUUUCUUUUUUAAUCAUUGGUGACUAUAUUGAAUAUAUUAUGUAUUGAAAAAAAUAUGAAAUAAAGGAAAUAUCUUAGUAAACAGUAAAGAAAGGAAAAAAAA